AUGUCUCUCUUUAUUCUGGACAGCCUGGAGCCUAGCCCUGUGUCAGGGGGGGUCCCUCAGAUCUCCAGCACAGUAAAGGAGGUCCCCAGCCCGGACACCCCAAAAGGCUGUGACCCCCUGGACCAGUCAACGGUCCAACUCGUGGAGGAGAGCCGGUCCCCAUCAAGGGGCCGUAAAAAGAGGGCCAGGUCAGCCCCUGUGGCCCUCCUCAUUGCCCCGGAGGCCCCAGAGAGUAGGGCCAGGACACCCCCUGUGACCCUGCUCAUUGCCCCGGAGGCCCCAGAGAGUAGGGCCAGGACACCCCCUGUGACCCUGCUCAUUGCCCCGGAGGCCCCAGAGAGAAAGCCGCAUGUUCUCCCGGCCCAGCAGUUGAAGUGCAGGGGGCUGCCUAACCUCGGACAGACCUGCUAUAUCAACUCCACCCUGCAGUGUCUGUUCGCUCUGCAGCCCCUCUGCAUCCAGCUGCUCCUGCAGGAGGAGACAUGGAGGCAGGAGCCCUCAGCACUGCUCCUCAGCUCCUUUGUGGGUCUCUGGUGCCUGAGGGCAUCCACGGACAGGGAGCUGAAGGCGGCAGUGCUGAUGGAGCUGAAGGACUGCAUCGCCCUGCGCAACCAAGAAUUCAAGGGGAACUCACAGAACGACGCCCAUGAGUUCCUCUCGGAGUGUCUUCUGGGCCUCAAGGACAUUGGGCACACCCUCCAGAUGGGGGAUGUGUCCUAUCAGUGCCCAGUGGACACUCUGCUCUCCUUCCAGCUCCAGCACAUAAGAUCUUGCAGGAGCUGUGGAGUUGAGAGCAGGAGGGAGGAGAUCUCCACCUACCUCUCCCUCCAAAUGGUUGCGCAGGGCACAGUCCAAAACAGCCUGGAGCUCUACUUCAACGAAUCAGAAGUUGAGUACAGGUGCGAGCGGUGUGGGGGUCAGGUGUCGAGCCUGAGGUGUAGUUUCUACACACUACCUCAGGUUCUCAUUUUACACCUGAAGAGGUUUUGCCCCUUCACCCUCACCAAAAGCAUGGCACCGCUUCAGCUGGAGACAGAGCUCCAGAUCAAACAAAGGACUGAGGACAUUGCAGGAAGGUGUGGCGAGUCCCCUCAGGUUCCGGCCCCCAGUGCAGGAUCAGGCUGCUGCCCUGCAGCCCCCUCUGUUCUAGAGGGGGCGUCUUCCUCUAAAGCAUCCUCCAUCACUCAGGAGCUAGAGGCAGGGACAGAGAGAGAGAAGGUGGAGGGAGGCAGCUCCACCUACUCCUUAAUGAGCGUGCUGAGCCACAUUGGGACCAAUACGGACUGCGGUCAUUACACAAGUGACUGUGCCGAGGAAGGGGGACUCUGGCUCUCUCUAAAUGAUGAGGAAGUCUCCCCCACCACUCAGGAGGCUGUACUCAGAGAUAGAGCCAGCACUGCCUACAUGCUUUUUUACACCAGAAAGUGAAGUGCCCCUUUCUGGUCAUCAAGGCUCAGCACCAGACGCAGGCAGGACUCUCCUGCUCAGCAGGAGACACUCAACCAGAGACGUCACAUGUGAAAUAAGGGUUCUGUGAGAGGCUGUUGGACCUGCCCCCCCACACCCACAUCAAGCUGGCCUCCUUGGUGGGGUCUCCCCAGGACCGGAGCGCUAAAACAGCUCAGUACCAUCAAGUCCUGCUGCUGAACCCCCCCCCGUCCCCCCCAAACAAACGCAUACUUGCCCGAAUAAACCAAAAACCCAGUGUUUCACACACUCCAGUCUGCUGUGGAUA